UUUCUCCACUGCACACUCACCAAGGCUGCCAGCUGAGUUUUGUGCCCGUCAGAAAGACCUGCCCUGUCUCAGUCUCCUCACCAGUCUGCUUUCCCUUCCUCUGUGCCCAGUGAGGCUUCCAGCCUAGUCUCAGGGCCAGUCCCUGCCAGCAGCUGGGAGCUGGGGUUCUGGAACACUCUACCUAGGUCUAGCCUGCCUUGCAGACAUCGAGGGGAACAUAAAUUGUGCAGCAUGCCCUCUUCCGGUCCACCGGUGCUGUGUGGGCCAUGCCUUUGGCUGUGACCCCCAAAUGGCAAAUUCAGGGCUGUCCGUCCCCAUGUAGCACAGCUCCUCAAUUCUCUUCUGAAAAGACAACACCUUUAACAGUUGUGCUUUUAGGGACAUUACUUAACUGCUUGUGGGGAAAUGUGGGCAAGAAGGAUAUUCAUUGUGCUUCAAGAGAAGUGUAAAUGCCAAGAAGGAAGAUGGGGGGCCCCCCAGAGCCCCUUGUUGGCCUGUGAGGGUCAGAGAACGUUGCUGUGGGAGGGCACUGCAGAAUGAGUCCCUGCGCCUGCUCCAUUUUAUGAGCGUGGGGUUGGCUAAUGAGCCUCUUGGGGUUGGUCUCUGAUCCUCCCCACCCCUUAGAUGGUCAGGCUGAGUCAGUAUUGGGGGUCAGGGUGAGUCAGGGUUGUGGGUCAGUCAAGCAGGCUGUGCGCAGUCUGACUGAUGUCAGGGUCAACGACCAGUCUGCUCUUAGGGUUGGGGCCAACCCUGUUAGAAGUUGGGGUCUGAGCUCAGAUGAAGACCGGGGUUCUUCCAUGAGUACAAUGGAACUUGGGGCCCUCAGACAGUUGGAUCCCAUCUACUCUUGUGUCUUUGGGGAUCUUCCUGCUUUUACUUUUCCUCUGAGGUGGCUUUGGCAGGUAACCACACUUUUUACCUGUGCUAUCUCGUUUAAUUCUAGCAGCUCUAGCAGGUAGCUGUACCUGUGCCCACUGGGAAAGCUUGAAGUUAAAGGAGGCAGUUGAGCACCAGAUGGGGCUUACACAGUGUCCAGGAGGAGGGGUACAGGUGCUGUGUCCCCGGGGCAAGUUCAGAGGUACUGUCAGGUGGACCCAGAGAAGGGAAGACCUGGUCUAGGAUCACCUGGUGAGGGAGAGACUGAGCUGGGCCUGGCCGUGCUCUCUCCCUUCCUCUUUGUCUCAGGCUCCCAGGCUGUCCUGGCCCCCGCCCCACUCAACCCCUCUCGCCCCACCCUGUGGCUGGCCAGGCCAGGCUCAGCGAUCUGCCUCUUUCACUUCCUGGCUGGCUGGCCCCAGUGAGGAGGGCUGGGGAGGGUCUGGCUGGGAGGAGUUCAGGUCCAGUCCCUCCCUGGAGUUGAGGGUGGGAGGAGCCUGGCCCGCAGACACAGAGCCCCUUUGUCUGGGCCUCAGUGCAAAGCAGCUGGUCUGGGAUUUCUGGGCGUUUUUAACAUUUGAAGAAUAAUUGCAUUGUCUGGGGGGCCCUCAAGAAUCCAAAUCCCUCCCCAGACCUGCCAGCCUGUCCAGAGAGAUUCCCCUGGACUAGCACCCCCAGAUUCCCCUCUUCUCCCUCCCCUUCUAUUAGAAGCCUGAGACAGAGCUGGGUCCCUCCAGGGAAACUGAGGUUCCUAGGAGGCGAGUGCGGACGGUAUGCAAAGUUGUGAAUCCAGUGGCGACAGUGCGGAUGACCCUCUCAGUCGUGGCCUUCGGAGAAGGGGACAGCCUCGUGUGGUAGUGAUCGGCGCCGGCUUGGCUGGCCUGGCUGCAGCCAAAGCGCUUCUGGAGCAGGGCUUCACGGAUGUCACUGUUCUCGAGGCUUCUAGCCGCAUCGGAGGCCGAGUGCAGAGCGUGAAACUCGGACACGCCACCUUUGAGCUGGGAGCCACCUGGAUCCAUGGCUCCCACGGGAACCCCAUCUAUCAUCUAGCAGAAGCCAAUGGCCUCUUGGAAGAGACAACUGACGGGGAGCGCAGUGUGGGCCGCAUCAGCCUCUACUCCAAGAAUGGCGUGGCCUGUUACCUUACCAACCGUGGCCGCAGGAUCCCCAAGGACGUGGUUGAGGAAUUCAGCGAUUUAUACAACGAGGUCUAUAACUUGACCCAGGAGUUCUUCCGGCAUGGUAAACCAGUCAAUGCUGAGAGUCAGAACAGCGUGGGGGUGUUCACCCGGGAGGAGGUGCGCAACCGCAUCAGGAAUGACCCUGAUGAGCCGGAGGCCACCAAGCGCCUGAAGCUCGCCAUGAUCCAGCAGUACCUGAAGGUGGAGAGCUGUGAGAGUAGCUCACACAGCAUGGAUGAGGUGUCCCUGAGCGCCUUUGGGGAGUGGACGGAGAUCCCAGGCGCCCACCACAUCAUCCCCUCGGGCUUCAUGAAGGUUGUGGAGCUGCUGGCGGAGGGCAUCCCAGCCCAUGUCAUCCAGCUGGGGAAACCUGUCCGCUGUGUUCACUGGGACCAGGCCUCUGCCCGCCCCCGGGGUCCCGAGAUUGAGCCUCGGGGUGAAAGUGACCACAAUCACAACUCCGGGGAGGGCAGCCAAGGUGGAGAGGAGCCCCGGGGGGACGGGGAGGAUGAGGAGGCGCAGUGGCCGGUGAUGGUGGAGUGCGAGGACUGCGAGGUGAUCCCGGCUGACCACGUGAUCGUGACCGUGUCGCUGGGCGUGCUCAAGAGGCAGCAUGCCAGCUUCUUCCGGCCUGGCCUGCCCGCCGAGAAGGUGGCUGCCAUCCACCGCCUGGGGAUUGGCACCACCGACAAAAUCUUCCUUGAAUUUGAGGAACCCUUCUGGGGUCCCGAGUGCAACAGCCUACAGUUUGUGUGGGAGGACGAGGCGGAGAGCCGCACCCUCACCUACCCGCCUGAGCUCUGGUACCGCAAGAUCUGUGGCUUCGAUGUCCUCUACCCGCCCGAGCGCUACGGCCACGUGCUGAGCGGCUGGAUCUGUGGGGAGGAGGCCCUCGUCAUGGAGCGGUGUGACGACGAGGCGGUGGCCGAGAUCUGCACCGAGAUGCUGCGGCAAUUCACUGGGAACCCCAAUAUUCCAAAGCCUCGUCGAAUCCUGCGCUCAGCCUGGGGCAGCAACCCCUACUUCCGAGGCUCCUACUCAUACACGCAGGUGGGCUCGAGUGGGGCAGACGUGGAGAGGCUGGCCAAGCCCCUGCCACACACAGAGAGCUCCAAGACGGCGCAUGGAAGCUCCUCAAAGCAGCAGCCCGGUCACCUUUUAUCUUCCAAGUGCCCAGAACAGUCCCUGGACCCUAAUAGGGGCUCCAUAAAGCCCAUGCAGGUGCUGUUCUCCGGUGAGGCCACACAUCGCAAGUACUACUCCACCACCCAUGGUGCUCUGCUCUCUGGCCAGCGCGAGGCUGCCCGUCUCAUAGAGAUGUACCGAGACCUCUUCCAGCAGGGGCCUUGAGGGCCUCCUCACUGCCCAGCGUGUUUCUUAAAGAACCACUAACUCGUGACUGCCAGCCCUCCCCCUGUUGCUCUGUCCUCCUAAUUUCCUAAUCUUCUGUAGAAUCAGUUUUUAGCGUUCGUAGAGUAGACACCCUGACUGCUUCAGACCUGGCUCUGUAGCUCUUCCUUUUCUCCAUGCCAGGUCUUGACCAGGGUGGGGCCUGUUGAUUUACCUCUGUGCUCUGACCUCUGACCUCCCUGUGCCUCUCCUCCCUUCCUGCCUUGUUAUUGUAAGUGCCUUCAAUACUUUGCAUUUUGGGAUAAUAAAAGAGGCUUGCC